CAGGCAGGGCCAGCCCCACGCUGGGACUUCACCCGGGCCCUGCAGCCUCGUCUGCCAGCCCCGCUCGCCCGGGCACACGCCGCUGGGCCCAGCCGCCAUGCCCCCCAAGAAGGAGCUGCCCGUGAAGAAGCCGGUGGCCCCGCCGGCCAAACCGGCCGCCAAACCGGCCAUAGCCAAGCCAGCGGCUGCUGCAGCUAAGCCCAAAGCCCCAGAGCCGGCGCCGACCCCAGCCCCGGCCCCGGCACCAGCCCCAGCCCCAGAGAUUCCCAAGGAGCCACCGAUUGACCUCUCUAAAGUGGUGAUUGAGUUUAGCAAGGACCAGCUGGAGGAUUACAAGGAGGCUUUCCAGCUCUUCGACCGAGUCGGGGACGGCAAGAUUAUGCUGAGCCAGUGUGGGGAUGUGCUGCGGGCCCUGGGCCAGAACCCCACCAACGCCGAGGUCAUGAAGGUGCUGGGCCACCCCAAGCCCGAUGAGCUGAACUCCAGGCGGGUGGAGUUCGAGCAGUUCCUGCCCAUGCUGCAGACCAUCUCCAAGAACAAGGACCAGGGCACCUACGAGGACUACGUGGAGGGGCUGCGGGUCUUCGACAAGGAGGGGAACGGCACUGUCAUGGGGGCUGAGCUGCGCCAUGUGCUCUCCACGCUGGGCGAGAAGCUGACGGAGGAGGAGGUGGACGCCCUCCUGUCUGGGCACGAGGACGCCAACGGCUGCAUCAACUACGAAGCCUUCGUCAAGCACAUCCUGUCUGGCUGAGCAGGUGCUGUGGGACCGGGCAGGAUGGGGCUAAGCAACUGAUGCCACCUCAGCCAUUGCUCUGCAGGGUGGGGGCAUGUUCCCUGCCCCCUUUGUCUCUCUCUCUAACCCGCCCCCUUGCCCCCCAAUGGCUGCUGCAAGGGACUUCUACCACUGCCCAAGGGAGCGCCCAAGACCUCAGGACGCCAGCGGCUGAGGAUCGAGCGAGGGGGGGAGGUGCAGGCUCCCCCCGAGAGCAGCAGCCCAGCCUGGGGGUGCCCACCGAGCUGAGCCAGGGUCCCGAUCCUGGGCGGGAAGGGACCCAAUCCUCCUUGCGCCCGUCCUGCGUUUGGACAAUAAAAGCCAUUUGUUUGCAGAAGCUUCAGGGCCAUCUCAGCAUCCCUGACUCUUCCUUGAGACCCUGAGCCCUGGGGGCGGGGGGCUGUACUUGGGUUGCAGAGUUCUGGAUACACUCUCAAUGCGGGGGCGAGGUGGAAGGGCCAAGCGCGGGAGCACAGGCUGGAAAAGGCCCAGGGGCUGGCCCCACAGGGCGCUCAGGGCGUCCUUGUGCCCGGCCCAGGGAUUUCAUUCCCACGCAGAAAGCAAGAGUUGGGAAAUCAGCGCCAGGUUCCCCCUCAAAGGCUCCGCUACAGGGCAGGGCGGAGGCAGGAGCCACCCGCCCCAGCUAAGGCCUGAAUUGCAAAGCGCGACAAUUUAUAGCAGGAGACGAGCCCCCCGGGAGGCAUUAUGCUGACGGAGCCAUGGCACGGUCCGGUCGCACCGGGUGCUGGCGGGACGCCCUGGGGAGACAAGCUGGUCUCUGGUGCCCAGAGCCAGGGCAUGGCAGGGGCCCCGGAGGAUUGCAGGGAAUGCAGCCGCCAUGUCCUGUUUGUUAGAGGGUGAAAGGUUG